UGUCCGGCCCGCCCCCGCCGUGCCUAUCCCGGACCGGACCGCGCCCCGCCACUGCCCGCCGCGGCACCGAGCACCGAGCACCGAGCGGAAUUUGGGGUCCAGCAGGACUCUGCAGCCCAGGAUGCCGUCGCAGCUGGAGCACGCCAUGGAGACGCUGAUGUUCACCUUCCACAAGUACGCGGGGGACAAGGAGCACCUGGCCAAGGAGGACCUCCGGGCGCUCAUGGACAAGGAGUUCCCCGGGUUCCUCGAGAACCAGCGGGACCCCCAGGCCCUGGAUCGCAUCCUGCGGGACGUGGAGCAGAGCCGCGAUGGCCGCGUCGGCUUCCAGGGCUUCUUCUCGCUGGUGGCCGGGCUGACCAUCGCCUGCAACGACUACUUCGUGCAGCACAUGAAGCAGCGCGGCCGCCGCUGAGCCCCCCACCCAUGGGUGCCCCCCGCCCACCCAUGGGUGCCCCCCCAAACCCAGGGGUGCCGCCCCAAACCUGCCUUGGAUCCCGUCCUGACCUUUAAUGUGUGCCCUGACCCCCCCCCUUGGGGUCCUGAACCCUCCCGAGGGGCUGAGACCCCCCUGGGGGGUGAGACUCCCACCCAUGGGUGUCCCCGCCCACCCAUGGGUGCCCUCUGUCCAUCCAGGGUGUCGCCCCAAACCCGCCUUGGGUCCCGUCCCAGCCCUAAAUUUGUGCCCUGAACCCCCCUUGGGGUCCUGAACCCUCCUGAGGGGCUGAGACCCCCACCCAUGGGUGCCCCCCGCCCACCCAUGGGUGCCCCCCCAAACCCGCCUUGGGUCCCGUCCCAACCUUUAAUGUGUGCCUUGAUCCCCCCUGGGGUACUGAGUCCACCUGGGUGGCUGAGACCCCCACCCAUGGGUGCCCCACCCACCCAUGGGUGCUCCCCAAACCCACCUUGGGUCCUGUCCCAGCCCUAAAUGUGCGCCCUGACCCCGUUUUGGGGUCCUGUCCCCCCACCCCCAAAGGGGUGAUGAACCCCCGCGGGGGGGAUUGAGACCCCCCACCCAUGGGUGCCCCCACCCACCCGGCUCCUGCUGGGACCCCUCAGUGUCUCCCCACCCUGGGGUGCUGCCCUGACCCCCCAAUAAAGGGGUUUUGUAUGAACCGG